GUGCGCGUACCUGAUCUCCAGAUGGAUGAAUUGUUGACGUGUGUCACGAUGGCCACGCGACUCUGCUCAGGUAUUGGCGGGUAAGAGCCACCAAUGAAGAGGUUUGUAUGCUGUGAUUGGUCUUUGGAGGAAGAGAAGUGGUUGGGGCUUCAGGGCAAAUGCACGAGUGGGAAAGAGAGAGAGAGACGCCGCGGCACUUGUAUGGGAACGAGCGCUACAGCUCAGGGUUUCCUACCUAGUAUUGUCUCUCUUCUGCUUUCAUCAUACAGUAUAGUACAGCACAGUCACUACACUACAGUGAAUGAGAAGUGCAAUUCUUCACCCUCCCUCUCAGCUCUUCCCCCAAGGUUCCAAGGUUGUGGGGGGGGGUUUUGUGGCCCUGGGGAAUGACGGCUGCUCGAGUUUCGCUCGCUCCUGCCCGUGACACCGUCAUCGCCCUGCACCGAAUAAUCCCUCUCCUAGAAGGGGACGCGACGGGGUAUAUGUGAUACUGGAUUGCCCCUAUGCACGACGGAUACGGGUAAAUAUAAGAACGAAAGGGUCCUACCUCUUCAACAG